CGAGAGAAAGAAAGCGAGAGAGAGGGAUACACCAGUCUUGACGCGCGAUUACCACCACCGUUACCACCACUAGUUACCACGCUUCGUAAUCCGAAUCAAUGACAGGCCGCACGCUUCUGCAGCGACGACAGUCGUCCUACCACUACCAGACCUUCCCCGGCGUCGUUCCCCCGUCAAACAGAGGCCGUCCCCCGCCUCACUCGAAGCUCAACAGCGGUUCCCCAGACGCAAUAGGCAUCGGCUCCGGUUCCUCAUCUCUUCGAUCGAUGCGCAACGACGGCAACAACGGCGGCGGCGGCGGUGGAGGCAGCGAAAACUCAUCCGGCACCCCGAUCCCGCGGCGGCAGCUGAUCAUUCUCGCGGUGAUUAGUCUUGCCGAGCAGACGGCGCUGAACUCGAUCUCGCCGUACCUGCCGGAGAUGGCCGCGACAUUCCCGGAGGUUGAUGAGGGCAGGGUGGGACUGUACGUGGGCAUCAUCGCGAGCAGCUUUGCCGCGGCACAGUUCGCGACGAACGUCUUCUGGGGCAGGCUCAGCGAUAGGAUCGGACGCAAGCCGGUGAUCCUGAUGGGCACGUUCUUGACGAGUCUGUGCUUUUUGGCGUUCGGCUUCUGUCGUACCCUCACUCAGGCUAUCACGGUGCAGGUCUUGAUGGGUUUGGUAAAUGCAAAUGCUGGCGUCGUGUCCACUGUCCUCGGCGAGAUCACGGACAAGUCCAAUCAAACGUCAGCCUUCGCGUGGCUACCCAUCAUCUACGGUCUCGGCGCAAUCACGGGACCGAUCGUCGGCGGAUUGCUCGUCGAUCCGGCUCCUAAUCCCAGUGGGCCAAUCUCACACCUGUUUCACAAGUAUCCAUACCUACUUCCGAACAUCGUCGCAUUCGGGCUGCUCCUGGUGGACUUGGUGAUGAGCCUCUUCAUGCUCGACGAGAGUCUGGCCGAAGCGCAGGAUCUGCCGCCUCUGGGUGAGAGAGUCAGGUGCCUGUUUACCUGGCUCUGGCAGUUUUCCGCCUCUUACUGGCCUUCGUACUUGCGCGUGGGACGGUCGGCGGACGGAGAGAUUGACGGCAGUAGCCGGGAAACAUUGGCUGAAGCGUGUCCCGUCUUCAUGCCGGAGCGUGGCGAGGAGGUUUCUUACCGGGAGAUUCUGGUCCCGCAGAUCGUCUACCUGUUGAUAACUUACACCCUCUUCAACCUGAAUAACAUCGCCUUCAACUCACUAUACCCGAUCUACGCCUCCGGUCCCCGCCCCAGCGGCCGCGAACUGAGCCCGAAGGAGAUAGGACUCCUCCUCUCGCUCUCUGGCGCCGCGGGUAUCGUCUUCCAAGCCUUCCUCUUCACGCCGAUUGAGCGGCGGGUGGGCAACGUAUGGUGCUACCGCCUUGCAUUCCUCGGGUUCGUUCUCGCCUUCUUUGCGAUGCCACUCGUCGGCGUAAAUGCAUCCUCGCCCAAGGCUCUGAUCUGGACGCAACUCGGCGGCGCACUGCUGGUCAAGUCCAUCGCCGCGGUCACGGGCCUCACCUGCGCCAUGCUGCUCGUUACCAAUGCUAGUCCGAAACCUAGUACUCUCGGCACGCUCAAUGGCUUCCUGCAGACCGUCAGUGCUGCCGGCCGCGCCAUCGGACCGUUCGCCUCCGGUGCUCUGUUCACGGCCGGGUUUCAAAAGAAGGGAGGCGAGUGGCUGGCGUGGGGAACUUUUGGCGGCAUUGCGGCUGUGGGAUUGGGGCUGAGCUUUGCGUUGCGAUGGAAGGAGCUGGAAGGAGAAGACGGAGAGGAGGCUACGGCACUGCUGGGCGCUGAGGAUAGGGGGGGCAGGAGUGAAACUUGAUAGUUACGC